UUUUUUGCUAAUAGUUUAGUUAAGACGAAAGUUCUCCCCUAAUACUUGUUGUUCUCUCAAAGACAUUCUUGCUCUAGAAGUCUAGACAACGAUUUACUAUCUUAAAUCGUGCUAUAGAAGUAUAAAUAAAAUGUUAUAAACUAAUAAUUUUGGCCACUAUUUAAGAUUUACCAUAUCUUAUUAUCUUAAAUCGUGAUUGUGAUCUAUAAUUCAAGCCUAGAUGCUGUUAAAUUAAUUACGUGGUUAUUUUAUUUUGUUAUUUUAUUAUCAUUUCAUGGUUCUCGCUCUUAUCAACCAAUUCACCCACGUGCGCCAAGACAGUGCCGACUGAUCAGAACAAAUAACCUUAAACACCAAACAGUAAACAGUAUUCUCAGUUUCACGCGUUCUGUAGAUCACCAAAAAAGAAGACGGCACUUCGUCAGUUACUACUCGGUAAACAUUUAUUCAAAGACAAACGCACAAUUCCAAUAUGACCGCAGACACAAGCGUCGCAAGUGUGACUGAUCCAACCGGCAAAAAAGUUUCGUACUCAACGAGAAUCAAGUAUCUCAACGAAAUCGCCAAGCCUCUAGCAACCAAGGCACUUACCAAAAAGAUUUAUAAACUCGUUAAGAAAGCACAUAAAGAAAAGACUUAUUUAAGAGUCGGUUUGAAAGAAGUGCAACGAAGAGUCCGGAGAGAAGAAACAGGGUUAGUAAUUUUUGCUGGUGAUGUUUCACCAAUUGAUAUUAUGAGUCAUAUGCCUGGUGUGUGCGAGACGAAAAAUCUGCCUUACUGUUAUGUGCCUUCGCGUGAUGACUUGGGUUCAUCAAUGGGUGUUAAACGAUCUGCAGUCAUGGUACUUAUCAGAAAACAUGAAAACUAUUCAGAUUUAUAUGAUGAAUGCCAGAGCGAGAUCAAAGCUCUGCCCUAUGAUUUUUAGACUACUGGAAUGAAAUGUCAAUUUUUUAUUUACUAAGAAUAAUGUUAUAAUUAAAUAUAAUUAAACAAAAUAUAUAAUAUAAGUAAAAUAAAUUUA